GAAGGAGCGAGAGGCGGCCGAGGGGCUGGUCCAGGCGCGGCCGCUAAGAGGAGACCAAGAGGCGGGGGCUGCACUUGACAACCAGCAUGCCGAGAUGGCACACUUUGUGCCCACCCCACCUCCACGUAGCCUUGAUUAUAAGUCAGAGGACAGGCUUAGUGAGAAAGACUGGCAAGCACAUUUCAAGGCUCCAGGUUGCAGAAUUGAUACAUGUCAAGUUGAGUCAGAAGAGGCAGAAGUGGAUGUGAGAGAAAGAGAGACACAGAGAGACAGAGAGCCAAAGAGGGCAAGAGACUUGACUUUAAGAGACUCCUGUACUGACAACUCCAUGCAGUUCGGAACCAGAACGACUGCGGCUGAACCAGGGUUCAUGGGGACAUGGCAAAACGCUGAGACUAACCUCUUAUUCAGAAUGUCCCAACAGGCCAUCCGCUGCACACUGGUAAACUGCACGUGUGAAUGUUUUCAGCCAGGGAAGAUUAACCUGAGGACUUGUGAUCAGUGUAAACAUGGCUGGGUGGCACAUGCCUUGGAUAAGCUCAGCACGCAGCACCUGUACCACCCCACUCAAGUGGAGAUUGUGCAGUCCAAUGUGGUGUUUGACAUCAGCAGCCUGAUGCUCUACGGGACACAAGCGGUGCCCGUGCGGCUAAAGAUCCUGCUAGACCGUCUCUUCAGCGUCCUGAAGCAAGAGGAAGUACUGCACAUACUGCACGGCCUGGGCUGGACUCUGCGGGACUAUGUCCGAGGAUACAUCCUUCAGGAUGCUGCCGGCAAGGUGCUGGACCGCUGGGCCAUCAUGUCUCGAGAAGAGGAAAUCAUCACCCUUCAGCAGUUUCUGCGGUUUGGAGAAACCAAAUCCAUUGUGGAGCUGAUGGCAAUUCAGGAGAAAGAAGGGCAGGCUGUGGCUGUACCAUCUUCAAAGACAGACUCAGAUAUAAGGACUUUCAUUGAGAGCAAUAAUCGUACCAGGAGUCCCAGCCUCCUUGCUCACUUAGAGAACAGCAAUCCUUCCAGCAUUCAUCACUUCGAAAACAUCCCAAACAGCCUAGCGUUUCUGCUUCCAUUCCAGUACAUAAACCCCGUCUCAGCUCCACUGCUAGGAUUGCCUCCAAAUGGGCUCUUGUUAGAGCAACCAGGAUUAAGACUGCGGGAACCAAGUCUUUCAACCCAGAAUGAAUAUAAUGAGAGCAGUGAAUCUGAAGUCUCUCCCACACCUUAUAAGAAUGAUCAGACACCCAAUAGAAAUGCCCUGACCAGCAUUACUAAUGUGGAGCCCAAAACUGAGCCAGCCUGUGUCUCCCCCAUUCAGAAUUCUGCCCCAGUCAGUGAUCUAACCAAAACAGAACACCCAAAAAGUUCAUUCCGGAUUCAUCGCAUGAGAAGAAUGGGGUCAGCCUCUAGGAAAGGAAGAGUGUUCUGUAAUGCAUGCGGGAAGACAUUCUAUGACAAAGGUACUCUCAAAAUUCAUUAUAAUGCCGUUCACCUGAAGAUCAAACAUCGAUGCACCAUCGAAGGUUGCAACAUGGUCUUUAGCUCCCUCCGAAGCCGUAAUCGCCACAGCGCAAACCCCAACCCUCGCCUUCACAUGCCUAUGCUAAGGAAUAACCGAGACAAAGAUUUAAUUCGGGCCACAUCAGGAGCUGCCACCCCUGUCAUAGCAAGUACAAAAUCAAAUCUCACACUCACAAGCCCCGGCCGGCCCCCAAUGGGUUUUACCACUCCCCCACUAGACCCCGUCUUACAGAAUCCUCUCCCUAGCCAGCUGGUGUUUUCUGGGCUAAAGACUGUACAACCAGUUCCUCCAUUUUAUAGAAGUUUACUCACUCCAGGGGAAAUGGUGAGUCCUCCAACCUCCCUCCCCACCAGUCCCAUCAUUCCAAGCAGUGGUACCAUAGAGCAGCACCCCCCACCACCCUCUGAGCCAAUAGUGCCAGCAGUGAUGAUGGCUGCCCACGAGCCCAGUGCUGACCUGGCACCCAAGAAAAAGCCCAGGAAGUCAAGCAUGCCUGUGAAGAUUGAGAAGGAAAUCAUUGAUACUGCUGAUGAGUUCGAUGAUGAAGAUGAUGACCCUAAUGAUGGCGGCGCUGUAGUCAACGACUUGAGCCAUGACAAUCAUUGUCACUCCCAAGAGGAGAUGAGCCCAGGCAUGUCUGUGAAGGACUUUUCCAAGCAUAACAGGACCCGAUGCAUUUCAAGGACUGAAAUUAGGAGGGCGGACAGCAUGACUUCUGAGGACCAAGAGCCUGAGCGGGACUAUGAGAACGAAUCUGAGUCUUCAGAGCCCAAACUGGGUGAGGAAUCCAUGGAAGGAGAUGAGCACAUUCACAGUGAAGUGAAUGAAAAAGUCCUGAUGAACAGUGAGAGGCCUGAUGAGAACCACAGUGAGUCCUCUCACCAGGAUGUCAUCAAGGUGAAGGAGGAGUUCACAGACCCCACUUACGACAUGUUUUACAUGAGCCAGUACGGACUGUACAAUGGUGGAGCCAGCAUGGCUGCCCUGCAUGAAAGUUUUGCAUCGUCUCUGAAUUAUGGCAGCCCUCAAAAGUUCUCCCCAGAAGGGGACCUGUGUUCUAGCCCAGACCCCAAAAUCUGUUAUGUGUGCAAGAAAAGUUUCAAAAGCUCCUACAGCGUGAAGCUUCACUACAGGAAUGUUCACUUAAAAGAGAUGCAUGUCUGCACAGUGGCUGGCUGCAACGCUGCGUUCCCCUCUCGCCGAAGCAGAGACAGAAACAGAAAUUUACGGAUGGAAAGAACCAUAGGUCCAGGACACCGAGACAGCCUGCAUCUCCGUAGACACAGUGCCAACAUAAAUCUGCAUCGUAAAUUGUUGACCAAAGAACUCGAUGACAUGGGCCUGGACUCAUCGCAGCCCUCCCUUAGCAAGGACCUCCGUGAUGAAUUUUUGGUGAAGAUCUAUGGUGCCCAGCACCCCAUAGGGCUCGACAUCAGGGAAGACGCCUCCUCUCCCGCAGGGACUGAAGACUCCCACCUCAACGGGUAUGGGAGGGGCAUGGCGGAGGACUACAUGGUCCUUGACCUGAGCACCACCUCCAGCCUCCAGUCCAGCAGCAGCAUCCAUUCCUCUAGAGAAUCAGACGCGGGCAGCGACGAGGGGAUUCUUCUCGACGACAUUGAUGGGGCGAGUGACAGUGGGGAGUCGGCACACAAGGCUGAGGCCCCUGUCCUCCCUGGCAGCCUAGGGGCUGAAGUUUCGGGAUCUCUUAUGUUCAGCAGCCUGUCUGGGAGCAAUGGUGGGAUCAUGUGCAACAUUUGCCACAAAAUGUACAGCAACAAGGGGACCCUGAGAGUGCACUACAAAACUGUGCAUUUGCGAGAAAUGCACAAGUGCAAAGUCCCUGGUUGCAAUAUGAUGUUUUCCUCUGUACGAAGCCGGAAUCGGCACAGUCAGAACCCUAAUCUCCACAAAAACAUUCCCUUCACUUCAAUAGAUUAGUCUCAGAACGGACACUACAAAUGCCAGCCCUCACCAGAUGGCCUACUUGUUUGAACUGCCAUAGUCAGUGUGCGCUUCUGUACUUGGGGGGUGUGUCUGUGUGUGUGUACCUAUGUUUGCUCUGUCUCCACAUAUACACACACACAUAUUUUCUUUAGAUAAAAAAGAUCAACACUAGGUGCUUUUGAAUUUUUUUUUCACUUUUCCUUUAUAGUUUUUGGGAAGCUGUGGGAUCUUUAACUGGGGGGGGUCAGUGAAAACAGAGUACCCCUUUAAACACACAUACAUACACACAAAGCGUGCAAAUAGCCCCAAUUCUGACAGACUAAUUCUUGGUCUUCCCCAAAGAGACAUUUGUUGUACCCAUGACUGUUGCCUGCUAAAAAUAAAAGGGAAAAAAAGAAAAAAGAAACAAAGAGGAACUUCUUAUAGUUGUCUUUUGUGAACUUUAAGGUUUUGGGAGAAUCUUCAAUUAAAGCAUGGCAGAUUCACCUGUAAAUAUUUAGCCUUGAGAGGCCAUUGAUGUAAAACAAUUGUAUUGAUGGUUGUUUAACUCUUUUGUUUAAUUUUUACAGUUACAUCCAGCUGUUAGAUAUGCAGGAAAAAAAUAGUUUGCUGGCUAGCUCUAUUCAUUUAUGUUAGCAUUAAUGCACAUUUUUUUUUUAAACAUGGUCUUGUUUUUACUACCUGUUAGACGUAGUGAUAAAGAGGUGCUGGCAUGCUUUACAGCACAGAUCUGAUUUUUU